UUCUCGGCCUUUUGGCUAAGAUCAAGUGUAGUAUCUGUUCUUAUCAGUUUAAUAUCUGAUAUGUGGGCCAUGUGCCCACUUCGAUAUUAAAUUUAUUUUUUGUGGGGGAGGGGUCACCACAGUGGCUUGCCACUGGGCCCCUCGAGCGUCGCCCAGCCGUUGCACUGCUGGCAGGGCCUGGCGCACCCCAACCAAUACCAAAUUAAACUUCAUUUGCUCUGCUGGAAGCAGUAAAUAGUUUCUGAUCUUAGCUUAAAGCAACAAUAUACUCUUUAUAAUAAUUUACACAAAUUUGUGGACCUAACAUCUGCGUCAUACUGAUCUCCUCGUUGGACGCCUUUAAACCUUGUGCUUCCUGCGAUUAUCGAAACGUUCUUCUUGCAUCGGAAGCAAAGCAGAUCAGCAAAACCACCUGCUAGAAAAGCCCCCCCUCAAAACCCACGGCGCCGCCGCAGGCGCGGUCACGAGCUUGCGAAGACGAGCACCUCCUUUCCGCCGCAGAGGCAAUUCCCGAUCCGGCGACGAGGCGCGAGUGAGGAAGCGAGGAGGCGAUGAGAGGCCGCGCGUCCCAUCUCCGCACGCUCCUCUCACGAGCGCUCUCUCCCAGCCUUCCUCCGCCUGGUCGCGCUCUGCCUCAGGUACUCGGCGGCUCUCCCCCGUCCUUGGCGUCCGUCGACCGAUGGAUCUCCGCUCGCCCUUGUGGGAGUGGCGCUGAGAUGUUCGGAGGAGCUGGGUUCCUGGGGCGCGCGCGCUUCUUCUCCAGCGACGCCUCGGCUGCGACGCAGGGCGUGUCGAAGCCCCCUGUGCCGGCGGCGGCGGGCACUGCGGGCGGCGAGGGAGGAGGUGAUGGUCAGUCUGGGAAAUCUGAGCAAGCGGACGCCGGGAAAGCCGUCCGCGGAGGGCCGGUGUCUUGGCUCAGUUUUUUACUCCUGCUCGUGACUGGAGGAGGGAUAAUUGUGUACUAUGACAAAGAAAAGAAGCGUCACAUUGAAGAAUUGAAGAGUAGAACAAGUGCUGUGAAGCCUGGACAAUCAGUAGGCACUGCAGCCGUUGGCGGUCCAUUCAAGCUUCUGAAUCAUGAUGGGAAACCUGUUACUGAAAAGGAUUUCAUGGGCAAAUGGACUCUGCUUUAUUUCGGAUUUACACACUGUCCUGACAUUUGUCCAGAUGAACUACAGAAAAUGGCUGCAGCAAUUGACAAAAUUAAGGAAAAGGCAAAACUGGAUGUUGUGCCAGUUUUCAUCACAGUUGAUCCUGAAAGAGAUACUGUUGAGCAGGUCCGGGACUAUGUUAAAGAGUUCCAUCCAGAUCUGAUAGGACUCACAGGCACGACAGAUGAAGUAAGACAAGUUGCACGUGCUUACAGAGUUUACUAUAUGAAGACAGAGGAGGAGGGUUCUGACUAUCUUGUUGAUCACUCAAUUGUCAUGUACCUGAUGAACCCAGAGAUGAAGUUUGUCAAGUUUUAUGGCAAGAACUAUGAUACAGAUUCCCUUGCUGACGGUAUCAUUAAAGAAAUUAAAGAGCACAAGAAACAGUAGUUGGACUGCCACUCUGCAAUGUCAGCCUUGUUUCUGAAUUUGUCCGAGAGUUUUAUCAAAGCAAGCAAAGACCAAAUGACAGUGGCAAUAAACAGCUGCUUGUUCAUUUCUGAUGACAUUUGAAUCUCGUGGCAGCUUAUUUCAGCAGAUUCCGGUGCACGUCUUGCGGUUUUGUGCACGUUUUUGUCAUGGCAAACUUCUGCGUUCAUUGCUGAAUGUAAUUUUAUUUGAAUAGUUUCAUAUACCAGCUUAAUAUGACAACGAGGCCAUUGAUUCUGAAAA